ACAGUCGAGGAAGAAGCUUCCAGUAGAUUUGACAUUAGUGAAGAUGAAGUGUGUGCUGUAACACUGCAGUCAAAGAUACAGUUUCGCUUUUACAAUGUCCCAGCAGACUCCAGCCGACCCCGAACGACCAGGACAUGCAGGAAAUUUGGGACCUUUAAGAAUGGACUACAUUCCCACAGAAGAAGAGAGGAGGGUGUUCAGAGAGUGCAACCGAGAAAGCUUCUGGUACAGUUCUCUUCCUAUAUCUGUCCUCAGCAUGGCUGUCACUCAGUUGCUUAUUUCUAGAGGUGCUCUUCGUGCUUCUGGUAGAUUUGGAUCUUUGCCCAAAUUAGCAUUUGCUGGCUUUUGUGGCUAUGUUGGAGGAAAGAUGUCAUACAUGAAGAAAUGCAUUGAGAAGUUUAAGAACUUGGAGAAUUCACCUCUAGGAGAGGCACUGAGACAGCAACAGCGCCACCAACAGCCAAAGUCCACUCAUGAUCAGUCAGAGCUGAGUGAUCCAAACAAAGCUGAUUUUGAGCCUGCCUUUCAGCUUGAUGAUCAGAAGGAUCAGUCCUUCUCCUAUGACAGAGAUUUCACAUACGCUGACCCUACGAUGACCUCAGCAGCACAAAAUACAGCAUCCUCCAGUAACCCAUCUCACAUCGAGGAGGACGUACAGGAUAGACGUGUUCUGUAUGAGGACCUGCGGAGUAAAAACAGGGAAAACUAUGAAGUCACAAUGACUAAGAAAUCAGAGACGCUGCUGAAGCCUUCAUCUGAGAGCAGCUCGGUCACGAGAGGAAAGAAGAAUAUAUAUGGAGACAAUUGGGAGGAGUGAACGCUGCUUCAACACUUUUCUCCAUGUGAAACUGAUAUAUUUAACAAUACAGAUGUGGAACUGUCUGAGAGAUGUCUGUUGUGUGAAUUAAACACUCAAUGUUUUUUUUAAACGUG